CGCAACUGCAGCCAAAGAGCCAGGGCACUGCGCUGGGCUCUGUGCGACUGCCGCCGCCAAGUGCAACAAAGUGUCCAACGAGGUUCUCAUUUAUUUUCUUUUCUUCAGUUUCAACCAAGUCACCCUCUCGCUGUUUUUGAAGCGCGCUGGUCGUUGCCGUCUUUUUUUCAACACCGUCCACUUCCAGGUUCCCAAACUGUCACACCGCGCGCCCACCAUGAUCAACGCAUUCCUCGUCUUCAACGGCCAAGGCCAACCGCGCCUCACCAAAUUCUACACCCAACUUGACACAUCAAUCCAACAACGACUCAUCUCCGAGAUCUUCACCCUCGUUGCCAACCGUCCAAAGGGCUCCUGCAACUUCCUCCCCCUCCCGCCCCUCCUCGCCGCCUCCAGCACCUCCACCUCCUCGUCCGAACCACACAACGACGUCCCCUCCCUUGUAACCUACCGCAACUAUGCUACCCUCUAUUUCAUCAUCAUCUCAACCUCGACCGAGUCGCCACUGGCUCUUAUCGAUCUGAUUCAAGUAUAUGUCGAAUCUCUGGACAGGUUGUUUGAGAAUGUGUGCGAGUUGGAUCUGAUCUUCAACUUUGAGACACUGCAUGCAACACUGGGCGAGAUGAUUGUGGGAGGAGUGGUGAUUGAGACAAAUAUGGAGAAGAUUGUGCAGGGCGUGAGAGCGCAGGGGACGGUGGCCAAGAGGCCGGUUAACGAGAGUAGGGGAGGCGGCAUGGGGCUAGGGAGUGGACUGGGGGCUGGGUUGGGAAUGGGAGGGAAUUUUGUCUGGAGUGGGCGAUGAGGUUCUAGGAGCCAGCAUGGUCUUUACAUUAAUGCGCUCCGGUGUUCGGGGUCCCUAGGGGGUGGCUUUGUGCGUGAAGAGACUGGAAGCUGCCAUCCGGGACCGAAGCUCAUACAGCCUUCGAGUAACCGUCAUUCAAAGAAGGCGACAAGAUGCCACAUAAGCAUGAUACCAACAAGGAGCAGAAACCAUAGAUACCCACACCUCCCCAAGGUAUUACAACGCCAAACACCCACAAAAGGAUACUAUACAAAGCAUGAUACAAUCGGCUUGGUCCUGUCAAUCCCAAGCCUCAGCCCUGUCUGUCCAACACUACAUCUGCCGAGGACGGGACCCGCCUUGGACGCUAGCCUGCGACUCCUGGGACUGGAUCCUCGCGACGGGCUUGGGAGCUUCAUAUUCGAAGCCAAGGGAGUUCCAGAACCACUGUCGGAACUGAGCAUGGAAGUUAGGCACAUAUGGGUCAUCAAGAAGUGAAGUGGGCAAACAUACCUCAUAGAAAGGCUGCCUCUCGUCCUUCCAGUCCGCAAAUAGGAGGCAGUAAAUGAGGACAACUAGAUCACCAUCAACAUCAGGUCAUCAAAUCACACCCAGUGGAAUACCCACAACUAAUAGUCCCCAACUGCGCCAACUGCACCAUCUUGUUCCAUCUCGGCCUCUGCGCAAUGUGGUGAAUCUUCCUCUUGUACCGCUUCUCGUACUUGAGCUGUUCCUGCGGGCUCAUGGUCUUGAAAUCGGGCGGCCAUGUUUUCUUGGCCGGGUACUGUGUGAGAAGGGCGGGACUGAUGUGGGGGAGCUUGACAAAGGCUUGUGGCAGCUCGCUGGAAUUGGCGGCUGUUGAUGUUGAUGCCUUUUGGGCGGCUUGCCGGAUGGCUGUUCGGAACAUUGUUUGUCGUUGUCUGUUAAUAAGUGAGGAGUUCGUUGUUGUAAGUGACGAUAAUGACGAUACGUGUACGCGAGUAGUCGUAACAAUAGGGUUCAGAGGGGAGUCCCGUUAGUGACAGGGGAGACUGGUCAUUGGGGACAGAGUGAGAUGGAUCAUAUGGAGCUCAUGAUGGAGUUGAUCACUGCAUGGAUCCAAGGCCAUUUCGAGGUUGCCCGAUAAGAUAAGAGGUCAGUUUGUGGCUGGUGAGUAACUUCAGCAGAUUGACUAGGUCUACACUACUGUACGUAGCUCUUACUUAGCCACCGACUAAAAUGAUAGAGCC